AUCGGGAUGUCAUGGUCAAGGUGGAAAUCAACUAUUUCGUUUAAAUGUCGAAGGUGAAUGGUCAUCGGAUGAACAUUGUUUUGUAUCUCAUGGUGAUUCUGUUGGGACACAACACUGUGUACAAAUGGGUAGAUGGAUUCCAAAAGGUGAAUGGAAAUAUGGCAAUCAAACACGGCAAAUACGUUCAAUGAAAGUUAGUAAAUGUUUAGUAACGGAUGACAAACGUUUAAGUUUGGAAUCUUGUCAAACUAAUAAUCAAGCACAACAAUGGAAAUGGAAAGAAAUUUAUGUUGUAUGA